UUUAAAGGUCAGAACUGAAAGGGUCUGGAAAAACACUUUUCCAGGUGAUUUAGGAGAAGUGGACCUGGAACAAGUGUGUUGUAACUGGUCUUCGGCACGUCUGACAAGCGGAUAACAGGAAGUGAUGUGGCGUGUGAUAUUUUUGGCGCUGGUGUCUGGGCUGUCAAUCAGCUGGGCCCGGCCCCGCUUACCUCCGCUCUCCCACCAGAUGGUGGACUACAUCAACAAGGCCAACACUACAUGGAAGGCUGGUCACAACUUCCAUAAUGUGGACUACAGCUACGUUAAGAGACUGUGUGGAACCCUGCUUAAAGGACCCAAACUGCCCACCAUGGUGCAGUAUGCAGGGGAUGUGGAGCUGCCUGACACCUUUGACCCUAGACAGCAGUGGCCCAACUGUCCCACUCUGAAGGAGAUCCGGGACCAGGGCUCCUGUGGCAGCUGCUGGGCGUUUGGCGCUGCGGAGGCCAUCUCGGACCGUGUGUGUAUCCAUAGCAACGCCAAGGUCAGCGUAGAGAUCUCCUCUGAAGACCUGCUCAGCUGCUGUGACAGCUGUGGCAUGGGUUGUAAUGGUGGUUAUCCCUCUGCUGCGUGGGACUUCUGGACUACAGAGGGACUGGUCACUGGAGGACUCUACGACUCUCACGUUGGAUGCAGGCCCUACUCCAUCCCUCCCUGUGAGCACCAUGUUAAUGGCACACGACCCCCCUGUACAGGAGAGGAGGGUGACACCCCACAAUGUACCAACCAGUGUGAGACUGGAUACACGCCUGGCUACAAGCAGGACAAACACUUUGGUAAGAGCUCGUACAGUUUGCCCUCUGAAGAGCAGCAGAUCAUGACUGAGCUCCUGAAGAACGGACCUGUGGAAGGAGCUUUCACUGUCUAUGAAGACUUCCUGCUCUACAAGUCUGGUGUGUAUCAGCAUGUCUCUGGCAGUGCAGUAGGAGGCCAUGCCAUUAAGGUCCUGGGCUGGGGAGAGGAGGGGGGGACUCCUUACUGGCUGGCUGCCAACUCCUGGAACACUGACUGGGGAGAGAAUGGUUUCUUUAAGAUCCUGAGAGGUAAGGACCACUGUGGCAUCGAGUCUGAGAUGGUGGCUGGUGUCCCUUUGUAACCAGGAAGUGAUUUCAGAGACUGCUGCAGGUGUACCAGUCCUCCUCCUCCACUGGCCGUUACACUGGUUCUAAUUCCCAGUCAACCCCUAACCCCGCUAGGCACCUCUUUAGUUCCAAAGAAUUGGUUUAGAAAAUGCUACCCUGUCUGAGGGAAAGGCCGGAGCUAAUACCAUGUUGCUUCUACAGGUCCUACUACCGUAUAGCUCAUACCCGUUCCUGAUUCUCAUCAGAUCUGAGAGUUGUGUAAGAGGAGUGCCUGGGGGUUGACUUGGAACUGGGCAUAUGUGAACCAUGGCUUCGUCUUUAGUUAAAUGUGUUCUUCCUGGUGUCUCAAUCUGUAGUGGUUUCUUCCCCUCAAAUCCACUCUGUCAGCUCCACUGAUCUGAGAAUGCAGGAUGGGUGAAAGGUACCUGUGCAGAUUGAGAGGAAGCUACAGUAGACUGAGACCCCCCCCCCCCCCCACAGUGGGUGACUCUGUAGAGGUCCAUCUUGCUUCCUGUUUGAUUGGUCACAAGCUGAGCUAAAAGUCCUCUCCCUGUAGUUGUUCACAACAAUCACAUCAAUUUAAAAAUGUAUGAUGCUUUAAACUUUUUAAUUUUUUAAUUCGAUGUGAUCACUGAUGGCAUUGUGCACAUUUUGUUUUUAAAUUGGAUCAUAAGGGAAGCGUGAGUGGUUUUGUACUGAUGGGAUUGUUUUAUUUGAAUGCUUUGUCUUUAAUGCUUCUCUCUGUUCUGAUCAAGUGUUCUGGAAUGAUUGUAUUGAGUUGCAUUAAAUAAAAGUCAACCAAUAUGUUUAA